AUGGCCCACAGUCUCUCGGAGGAGUGCACGCAGCUGAAGCGGAAGUACGACGGCUGCUUCAACGCGUGGUUCGAGGGCUACCUCGAGCCGGCGGUGUCGGCGUCGGCGACGGCGGAGCAGCGGAGCCAGUUCUCGCAGGAGAAGGCGGCCGAGUUCGAGCGCAAUUGCGGGCGGCUGUGGAAGGAGUACCGGGCGUGCGUGCAGAAAGCGGUCCAGGACAAAGGAUUGACCGACCUCCUCGACCAGGCGCGGAAGGAGAACCCUCUCAGGGACCCCCCGGGUCCGUCAUCAGGCUCGUCGGGCAAGUCGUAG